GAGAGAGAGAGAGAGAGAGAGAGAGAGAGAGGGGCUGAGUAAUAAACGAAGGGAAAAGUAAACGGGAAAGUCACAGCUUCUUCCUGUGUUCUGUAAUGGCGACUGGUCCUUAACUGACCAGUGUUAACAAAGACUAGUCAUUUCUUCUACUUAAACCUACUCAAGCAUUUCCGCUUUUCUCAUCCGAAGACUUUCAACGACUCUCCUCUCUCUUCCACUUCCUGAUCAUGAAGAAGGGAUCCUUAAACCCUAACGUCAAGCUCAAGCUCUCUCUCCCUCCUCCCGAUGAAGUUUCCUUCGCCAAGUUCCUAACCCAAAGCGGUACAUUUAUGGAUGGUGAUUUGCUUGUCAAUCGAGAUGGAGUUCGAAUUGUCUCGCAAAGCGAACCCGAAGCUCCACCUCCUAUUAAACCAUCGGACAACCAGUUGAAUUUAGCAGACAUAGACACCAUUAAGGUCAUUGGGAAGGGAAGCAGUGGAAUUGUGCAACUGGUGCAACAUAAAUGGACAGGCCAGUUUUUUGCAUUAAAGGUUAUACAAAUGAAUAUUGAGGAGAAUGCAAGGAAAGCAAUUGCCAAGGAACUAAAAAUUAAUCAAUCAGCUCAAUGUCCAUAUGUUGUUAUGUGCUACCAGUCUUUCUAUGACAAUGGUGCCAUUUCAAUCAUCCUAGAGUAUAUGGAUGGUGGAUCUUUGGCAGAUCUUCUGAAAAAGGUUAAAACAAUUCCAGAACCAUAUCUUGCUGCCAUCUGUAAGCAGGUGCUCAAGGGUUUGUUGUAUCUUCAUCAUGAAAAACAUAUUAUCCACAGGGACUUAAAACCUUCUAAUUUAUUAAUAAAUCAUAGAGGAGAAGUCAAGAUUACUGACUUUGGUGUGAGUGCAAUAAUGGCAAGCACUUCUGGACAGGCAAAUACUUUUGUUGGUACAUACAACUAUAUGUCUCCGGAGAGAAUUAGUGGGGCAAAGUAUGACAACAAAAGUGACAUUUGGAGCCUUGGUUUAGUACUGCUGGAGUGUGCAACUGGUCAAUUCCCAUAUUCCCCUUCAGACCAGGAAGUAGGUUGGGCUAGUGUUUAUGAGCUUAUGGAAGCUGUUGUUGAGCAACCACAACCUUGUGCACCUGCUGACCAAUUUUCUCCAGAGUUUUGCUCAUUCGUAUCUUCAUGUGUGCAGAAAGACCCAAAAGACAGACAGUCGGCUCAUGAACUUAUGACACAUCCAUUCAUGAGUAUGUAUGACGACCUACAUAUAGAUCUAUCGUCUUACUUCAAAAAUGCAGGCUCUCCACUUGCAACCUUGAACUUAUGAUACAAUAUGAGACAGUUUGAGAGAAGUUAGCUGCCUGAAAUUUGAAGACCUGGUAAGAUUCUAGCUCCCACUGCAGUUGAAAAUAAACAGCUUCUUGCCAUUAAAAGGACAAAUGCCAAAGUGGUUAUUAAAAGCAGAAGUACUUCAUUGUACACAUCUCAGUACCAGGAGAUUUCUUGUGGGAGGAAUCCACUGCUUAAUUGAGAGUCUUAUGAUUGCUGAAACAGGUGCUAUUUGCCUUAAAUUUAUAUAUGUAUAAAUAAUUGUUUCAGUAUCAAGAAAUAGUGCCCCUGUAGUAAGAAAUAUGAUACCAAAUUACAAUUUUUUUUUCAGUUGGCUCAAUUACGGCUACUGCAUUUAACUCCUGUUUAAAAGGCGUUCCAUCUAUGGAAUCUCUCUUCUUCUUCUUCUUC